ACGCUGAGAGCUGGGAGCAGCAGCAGCAGCAGACAGGCAGCCAGCGGAGUUGGUACGAACAUCUUCGACUUCUCAAACCAAAAAAAACACCUCGACUGCCCUUCAGCUGCUCCGCUCGCCGGUAUGCCUUGGAUUGCCCGCUGCACCGGGAAAUAUGCGGUGGAUUUAGCCCCUGGGAGCCGCGGAGAAGAUGAUUAAAUGCGAAGUGAGCUGCGAAGGAGAAAGUGUGCCUUGUUUGGAGCUGGUCGUGUGCCACAACAGAACUCGGAGCGCAUCAAGGCCAGCAGCAGCCAGUAGCACUUCGUUAGCUCGUCGGCUAGCUUACUAAGGUUACAGGUGUUUAGGAAGCAAAUAACCAAACAUAACACUUAGCUGUAGUUAGCUGGUAACAAACUGUGCUCCUAUGCCUUGAUAUAAAACUGACUUAAACGUGGCUGUUAUAACCCUUUUAUAGCAAAAGUAGCAAGUAUAACACUUAGCAACAUUGUUAUUAGCCGUUAGCAUUUUAGUUAGCCGCUGCCCCGUGUUUACAGCAGCAUUAGCUACCGAGCUAUCGAGUCAACUUUAUUGCUACAUGUGCUUGUUUUCUCAUGUAGCUAAUAUUUCUUUGGUGAACUUGACUCAACCGUGGACUGGUAGUUUGGUUUUGCAUAUUUCUUCGUAUUUGUAAACGAGCCAGUCCGACUUUUCCCAACGUGCCUGCCCUGGACUGACCCACCCUUAAGGACUAUCUAUCCGGGGCCGAUGCUGACGGUUCAGCCCGGAUCACGGCAACGCCAGGAGCCGCUACAGCAAUGCAGCCCCAGCACAUAUACGACUUUUCAAGUGACGAGAACAGUCAGAAAUGGAGAGGCCUCUUCGUGCAAGCCUUACGGAAGGUACAGCAGCAGGUCCACCCGACCCUGACGGCCAAGGAGGAUGCCCUCCACCACAUUGAGGAGUUGAUCCUCCAGCUGCUCAACAUGCUGUGCGUGGCCCAGCCCCGCUCGGUGCAGGAUGUAGAGGCAAGUGCUUUCACCUUCCCUCCUGGUGAACGUGUCCAGAAGACUUUCCCCCACCCUAUUGAUAAGUGGGCAAUCGCUGAUGCCCAGGCAGCUAUAGAGAAACGAAAGAGGAGAAACCCCUUACUCCUACCUGUGGACAAAAUACAUCCGUUGCUCAAGGAGGUGUUGGGCUACAAAGUAGACUACCACGUUUCCCUGUACAUCGUGGCAGUGCUUGAAUACAUAUCGGCAGAUAUACUCAAACUGGCAGGCAACUACGUCGGCAACAUUCGGCACUAUGAAAUCAGCCAGCAGGACAUAAAGGUGUCCAUGUGCGCGGACAAAGUGUUGAUGGACAUGUUCGAGCAGGAUGAGGACAUCGGCCUGAUGUCGCAGUGCCCCGAGGAGCCGUCCUCCUCUGGGGAGCUCACGUACGACGACCUGGUGAGGCUCGAAAUCGCAGAGGAGCGGCAGUACCUGCGAGAGCUCGACCUCAUCAUCAAAGUGUUCCGGCAACACUUCCUGUCCAACUGUCCAAAAGUCUUUACAGCCCAGGAUGUGGAGGUGAUCUUCAGUAACAUCUUGGACAUCCACGAGCUGACGGUGAAGCUCCUGGGCCUGAUCGAGGACGCCGUGGAGAUGACCGCCGAUGGCAGCCCUCAUCCGCUGGUUGGCAGCUGCUUUGAAGACCUGGCAGAGGAGCAGGCGUUUGACCCCUAUGAGACCUUGUCCCAGGAUAUCCUCAGCAGGAAUUUUCACCAGCACUUCAACAACCUGAUGGCACGGCCAGCAGUUAGCGUCCACUUCCAGUCGACUCCAGAGGGCUUUAAAGAAGCUGUCCAGUAUGUCCUCCCCCAGUUGAUGAUGGUGCCAGUGUACCACUGUAUGCACUACUUUGACCUGCUGCAGCAACUUCAGGAGCACAGUGAAGUCCAAGACGACCGAGAGUGUCUGAAACAGGCGAUCACGGCUCUGCUUAACCUUCAGUCCAGCGUCGAGCGGAUCUAUGCCAAGCACCAGCCUCGCCGUAAACCAUGUGAGCCCCUGUCCCGCCUGUACAGCAGGCAGACUCGUAGCAAACAGCUCGCCAUCAAGCGCAUGAACGAGAUCCAGAAAAGCAUCGACGGCUGGGAGGGGAAGGACAUCGGCCAGUGCUGCAGCCAGUUCAUCAUGGAGGGGCCUCUCGUACGAGCGGGUGCCAAACACGAGAGACACAACUUCCUGUUUGACGGCCUGAUGAUCAGCUGCAAGGCCAACCAGAGUUCACGGCUCCCGGGGUCAGGCAGCGGGGCAGAAUACCGCCUGAAGGAGAAGUUUGUGCUCAGGAAGGUCCGCAUCGUGGACCGCGAGGACUCGGCGGACCUGCGCUGCGCUUUCGAACUGAUAGGCAAAGACGAGGUCUGCGCGGUUUUCUGCGCACGGACAGCAGAGGAGAAGGCAGCGUGGAUGGAAGCGCUGGUGACCCUUCAGUACCGCUCCACUUUGGAUCGGAUGUUGGACACGGUGCUGCAAACGGAGGAGCAGGAACAUCCGCUGCGGCUGCCUUCGCCGGAGGUUUACAGGUUUGCUGUGCAGGACUCUGAGGAGAAUAUCGUGUUUGAGGACAAAGUGCAGAGCAAAACUGGCAUCCCCAUCAUCAAGGCUGGCACAGUGGUUAAGCUCAUAGAGAGGCUCACCUACCACAUGUAUGCUGAUCCCAACUUUGUGCGCACAUUUCUCACCACCUACCGAUCAUUCUGCACGCCAAAGGAGUUCCUCAUCCUGCUCAUGGAGAGGAUUGAGAUCCCUGAGCCAAAGCCAAUCGAGGAAGAUCGGGAGGCUGUCUGGAACGACGACCAGCUGAUGGCGGCAGAGCUACAGAGGUUUAGAAAGGAAUACGUACAGCCCGUCCAACUCAGAGUCCUCAACGUUCUACGCCAGUGGGUCGAGCAUCAUUUCUACGACUUUGAGAACGAUUCAGAGCUCAUAAGUCGGUUGGAGGAUUACAUCACCAGCAAAAUACAACUCCGAGGCAAGUCCAUGAGAAAGUGGGUCGAGUCCAUCAAUAAGAUUAUCAGGAGAAAGCUGCAGACCCAGUCAAACGGCGUUAGUCCCAACAUCACAUUUGAGAGUUUGCCUCCUCCCAUCGAGUGGCACAUCUGCAAAGCAAGUCAAGUGGAACUGUUCGAUCUCAUGACCCUUCACCCCAUAGAGAUUGCCCGCCAGCUGACGCUUCUUGAGUCUGAGUUCUACAGAGCCGUCCGACCGUCUGAAUUGGUCGGCAGCGUCUGGACCAAAGAGGACAAAGAAAAUAACUCGCCGAACUUGCUCCGCAUGAUCCGCCACACCACCAACCUGACCCUGUGGUUUGAGAAGUGCAUUGUGGAGAUGUCCAACCUGGAGGAGAGGGUGGCCGUGUUAACACGGGUCAUAGAGAUCCUCCAGGUUUUCCAGGAGCUCAACAACUUCAACGGCGUGCUGGAGGUUGUCAGCGCCGUCAACUCUGUCCCAGUCUAUAGGUUAGACCACACCUUUGAGGCAAUACCAGAAAGGAAAAGGAAAAUCCUGGAAGAGGCCGUAGAGCUCAGCCAAGACCAUUUUAAGAAAUACUUGGCUAAACUAAAGUCAAUAAACCCGCCCUGUGUGCCUUUCUUUGGUAUUUAUUUAACCAACAUCCUGAAGACAGAGGAGGGGAACCCUGACUUCCUCAGACGCCAAGGUAAGGAUCUGAUUAACUUCAGCAAGAGGAGGAAAGUGGCUGAAAUCACCGGAGAGAUCCAGCAGUAUCAGAACCAGCCCUACUGUCUGAAGGUGGAGCCCGACAUCAGGAGGUUCUUCGAGAACCUGAACCCGAUGGGCAGCAUGAGCGAGAAGGAGUUUUCUGACUACUUGUUCAAAACCUCUUUGGAAAUCGAGCCUCGGCACGGCAAGCAGGCUGCCCGAUUUCCCAGGAAAACCACGUACACUCUGAAAUCCCCGGGGAUCCGGCCUGUGCGAACCUCUACCUCUGGCACCCUGAAGGGUCACCCAGUUCCCCUGGAGAGGGAGCCCCCGCAGAAGAUCGCCUUCCGCAGCAUCGCCGAGGCCGAGCUGGACACGUCCAUGUCCGCCUCAGUGCCCACCUCCCCCAACACGCCCACGCCACCUCAGUCGGCCUCUUCCGACCUCAGCUCGGUGUUCAUGGAUCACGACCUCAGCAGCUCCUACAGCAGCUGUAACUCCAUAUUUGUUCCGGUUCUUCUGCCACCUUCAAAGUUCCAGUCGGUCUCCUGUGGCAGCCUGCACCAGCUGGGUGAUGACUUGAAGCCGCCUCCUUUGCCUCCUCGAAGGAAAGACGCCUUGUCUGAAGCAAAACUCGGCUCCAGGUCUGACUGCCCUCCGGCCAUCCCUCCCCGGCUGCCCCCGCCUCUGCCCAGGAACCAGCCUCGCCCGCCGCUCUACAACGGCCCCCCCGCUGACGGACCCCUGCCCAGCCCUCCUCCUCCUCCCCCCAGAGAUCCCCUCCCCGACACGCCGCCCCCCGUCCCCCAGCGGCCCCCGGAGAUCUUCAUCAACUACCCGGUCAACAUGCAGCCGUCGCCCGUGGGCCGAUACCACUGGGACUUUGGCAGCUCCCCCAGCUCCCCCAACACCCCUCCCAGCACACCCUCCCCCCGCGUGCCCCGGCGGAGCUGCCCGCUCAGCGCCAGCCAGAACAGCCUCUGCCCCGUCCCCAUCACCGCCCCGCCAGUGCCCCCGCGCCACAACUCCAGCCCACAGCUCCCCAAACUCCCACCAAAGACAUACAAAAGGGAGGCGAUGCAGCCGCCGCUACAGGGCCUCUCGUUGGUGGAGAACGCCGACAGCAGCCAGUGAAGGCUGCCCCUCGCCCCUCAAACACCAAAAUGCAACCCGGAAAAACACCGCUUGACUCAGAGCUACUGAUCUGAACGAACAACACUGCUCAGCACCUGCCCACACCUGCACCCGCCGCCACGCCUGCUAUGCCUCUCAGGGGAUCAGUAGCUCCGCCUCCAUCAUAAACCUCCUGUGCCAACGAGAAAAGAAACCCCCGCACCGGCGUGCCAGCCACCAGACCACCAGGAGCAUUUGUGUCUGUGAGGAGUGGGGCCGCCCGCUUCCGCCAGAGGCUCUCACCCGUCACACUCCGACUCACCCCACGGCUCUCCCCUCCGUCCCCAGGGUGGGGAGGGGGGAGGUCGAGGGAGGGCGGGGGCUUGGACUUCGUAGCCUCAACUGUGCUUUGUUUCUUUUGGGCAUUGACAUCGUCGAUUUUCCGCUCGAGGACCAGCUCCGACGCGGUCCCUUUCACGGUGGGUGUGAGCAGGGGAACUGAUUCGCUUUUGCUACUAACUGAACACAAACAGUUGCCAAAGUCUUAUUUUAUGCAGGGGGAUAAGGGAUCUUCUUCUUCUUUUUUUUUUUUUAGCAAAUGUGACACUAACAUGUACACAAAGGAGGCCACACUGAGUCCCCCACCUUGUAUCUCAGCUGUACACUGUGACUGUAAAGUAGCAAGUCAAACUGUGUUGACUGUUGAUUCUGUGUCUGGUCUGGAGCCACUCCACAGCCACAAAGCGUUGCCUUUUUAAAAAAAAAAAAAACUCCAACAGCGGUGACCUCUGAGCCCAGGCUCCAGACGGGAGCGCAGCUGGGGGCACUCGGUUCGCACAUGCAGGUUGGGUGAAGGCAGCAGGUUUUUGGAUCGGGCCACGUGACCCCCCUCCGCGGUGCAGGACAGAGGGAAGUCUGCCAUGAUAUGAAGCCGCACCAGGAAGCGGGGUGAGGAGGAGGAGGAGGAGUCCCGCCUCUACUGCUCUGAUGUCUUAACCGAUUCCCUUAAAGACGCUGCUGUCUGACACUGUGCUCUUCUCCAAAAGCGCCCCCCUCCUUUUCCCCAUCCACGGCCAACUCCUCGUCGUUUGUAUUGGAACUUUGCACUGGAAGCACGCAUCCUCGCACCAAACGCGGGGCCCCCCCCCCCCCCCACCACCACCACCACCUGCCAGCAGUGGCUGCUCCUACUACUUAAAGCCUAUCAAAAAGAGGAACUUUUUAAUCUGACUUCUUCCUCUUCCUUAUUUUUUCUGUUCUUCCCUGCUUGAAAUCUUCUUGUUUCUCUUUGGAAAGACUGAAAUAAUCAUUCAUGCAUCAUGCUCAGAUGUGCCUUUUUAUUUUGUUUUCUACUUUACAGAAAUAAGCAAAUGGUGUCUAAAAUGCUUAAAAAUAAAGUUGCCUAUGUAAUGUUUAGAACAAAGCUAUACACUAUGAAACUGUACAUGUUUGUGCAUACUGUGUAUAUAUAACAUGUAUACACUAACUAAAUAAUUUGUAUAAAGAGACCCCGCCCCACCCCCCUCCUUUACCCGGUCCCAUUGUACCCUCACCCAUCUCGGUUCGGAUAUUUCCUAAUAAGCGAAUGCUGAUACGGUCGGCUAAAAAAAAAAAGUCAUUUUGAGAAGAAAAACAAAAACUAGACAAAACAAUAAAACCAAAUAAAAAAAUAAAUAAAGAGGUCACUCUCACUAACUUACUUACAGACAAUCUCCAGUUGAAAGACUGGGAGUAUUAACUGAGGAAAGCCAUGGUUUCUUCCCCGCCCCCGUAGGUGUUUUAAAGCAAUGAGAAGAAAAAAGAAAAAAAAAAAUCCAGUUUAAUAUGCCAAGCACUUACUUAGACAUGUUCUUCACUUUGUACAUCCUACUAAUGGCCUUUCCCCUUUUUCAAAGAUUUUUUAAUGCUUACACUCAUUAAAGGUAGGAGCUGUAUUAAACCUUGCUGUGGACUAUAUCUGCAGGCUUAUAUUUGGUUGAGAGGAUUGGAGCGUAGUGGAAGAAUUUGACUUUUUGGGUUAUUUUUAAGUUGUUUUUUUUUUCGGAGAAACACACUUUGUGCACUUUAGGCUGUACUGUUGAAGAGCCGCGGCCGCCGCAGGUAUGUUUGUAAAUGCAGUGAACCUGUGCGGCUGCUGAUCUCGCUCUCUCUGAGGAUCAGGGCAGAAAAAAACAAACAAAACACAAGUCUACCACCUCACUUUUACCCCCCACCCAUCCAACCCCACCAACAGCCGCCACCAACCCUUUGCUGGCUCCGAUGUUCGUAAACGACACUGGAGGGUGUCCGACCACCACGAGCAGAUUCAUCCUUUUUUCUUUUUCAUUUAGCUUUUUUCUAAUAAAAAUAAAAACACCCCCACCCCCUGGCUUCUGCAUAUGUCCAGCCAUCCUCCUCGUGCUCUGUUCAGAGCAGGAGAGGGGGGGGGG